UGAAACGACUCUCCCCUACACCACACCAUGGCUCGUCGCCGUGCCGGGAAGACCAGGAAGAACAGGCGUGGGAAGGGACACCGCGGGAAGGACUGGGACUGGGACCCGUAUAUGUAUGACGACGACGACUUCGACGACUACGACUGCUACGUGUAUGAGUCGUCCGGUCUCGGCACACUGCUCGCUCUGUUCUACAUCAUUCAGCUCACGAGUCGCCCGCCGACCCGCUGGGAGAGACUGAAGUGGUGGCUGGAGGAUAGCUGGGAGUGGGUGAUGUCAGUUGCGUUUGGCCGCGAUCCCAGAAGUUACUACCAAGACAAGAUGGUUAAAAGCCGUAGCGGGAAUGUUCGUCUUGCCAAGAUGGUUCUGAUUGUGCUAAACUUUUUCGGCUGGGCCAUGGGCGUGUCGCUUUUCGUCCUGGGGAUGGUGCUGAAGUUCAUGUACCACGUGGAUGACCUGACCGGGGUCAAGUUUACUUACCUACUCUACACGAUGAUUGCUUUUGGUGUCAUUGUAGCACUGGUCUGUACCCUUGGGAUGUGUGGUGCAGCAUGGGAAAACUCUGGCAUGCUAGGAACUUUCGUGGGUUUCCUGACUCUUCUGUUCGCGGGUGAGGUGGCCUGUGCAGCUCUGCUGUAUGUCAACAGGAAAGAGAUUCUCAAUGAGACUGAUGACAAUCUACUAGACAUCGUAACCAAUGGAUACCGGUGGCCAAUCAGCGACACUAUUGAUCUGAUACAGCGCAAGUUGUUACUGUGA